AGGUGCUCUCGGUCAUGUCCAGCAAGGAGGCAACCGGCAAAAGAGAACCUCCAUCACCGGCGGGCACGGUCAGCAGUAGUGGUGGUGGCGGUGUCGAGUCAGCGAGGAUAGAAGCUGAUAAAUUCGAGAUGACUUCAAUUCAAAAGGCUGUUGAGAUCGUCCGUGAGGUCCCAGCUGAUGCACCAGAAGAACUAUCGAGGCGGUUGCUGGCGGCCUUGGAGGAGUCUCUAGACAUGUGCAUUGGCGAGCUGGCCAAGGAAGGAUCUUCGAAAACCACGUGUCGAUGGAGACCCAUAGUGCCCAUAUCGGACACUUACCUUAGUCUGAUGCCGGCCCAAGGGUUAGCUAGUGCGGUCAAGGUGGUGUCAUCUCGUAUAUUAUCAGCAAGACGGUUCCUACAUGGUAGAGUGGAAAGCAGAGUGAGUGCCCUGCCGGCCACAGCGACAGAGAAGGAGGUCAAGAUGGCAGCUACUGGGGACUCUUCCUUCACUUUGCAAGUUGUGAUGGUAUUAAGUAGAGCGCUGGACAGGUUGGACUCAUCGAGGCCUCAAGACUGGGCCACUCGGGCUAAGGCUGCGGGGUCAAUCGAGGAUAUACUCCCGAUGGACCUCAAGGCUCUCUGCCACGUUUACAGGACGCCUUUUAACAGGCAUUGGACUACCAUCGAUGCAUCAUUGGCUGCCCAGAAGGAUCCAGAUGCGUCCAGCGUCAGCGAGGAGGAAAUGAAAAAACUUUGGGAACUGUGGGAGCGCAUAUGGCCUGGCGAUACGAAAAAUUUAUCGGAAAAAGAAAAGAAGGAUUGCGUGGUUGAUCUGAUGAAAGCGAGAGCGUUCAUAUCGCAAAUACAAUAUGCACUUCGUCAAAUGCCAGAACGGCCACAGGAGACCUCGGGACCGUUUAAGACGCCUUCAGAUGUGAAGCAACUCACCAACGACCUCCGCAACGCUGUGUAUUCCGUUUUACAUGUCACCAAGCUCGGGGCAGUAGGGGAGCCUAAUGCUAUCAAGCGUGCUGACGUCCCUGUGGAAUUUUCUGUCCAAGCUGCGAGUCUUCCUGAGCUGGCCUUGGCCCUCACAGACUAUACGGUGAUGCGGCGGACGGCAGCACAUAUUCUCAUCAAAGCUCAUAGUGCUUGCAACCGCAUUUGGGACUGCAAGAGGGACACUCCAGACUUCCGAGCACAGCUGCAACACCGAAGAGAAGUGUUCCAUCCAGUCGUUGAUCUACGCCGUAUGAUUCACAACGUAUUCGGGUCGAGCUUCUCUAGUCUAGCCGACUACCUCCUACGAAAGGAAACCCAUUGGUUGGGCUGGAAAGGCAUUGCUGUUAGCAAAGAAGUUUGCGGUCCAUUUUUGCACUCUACGCACAGGGAAAGAUUCGGCACGCCCUGGCCGCCCUCAUGUCAAACUAAGGCUGAUGUCGUGAUCGGUGAUGGUACAUUACCAACGAAGAGGAAGAGCGCUGACCGAUCCAGUGAGUCUCCUCCCCCGAAGAGAACUCGACAUAGUAAGGCUGUCCCUAGGCAUGUCGAGAGGAUGUUGCAGAUGCUACAUGAAGCAGCGGACGCUUCGGCUGUCUCCCCAUACGCGCCCUCCCCUGAAAGCAGUCCGGCUGGCAGUGAUGAUGAAGUAGAGGAGGAGAAUCAGUGUGAAAAGUACAUGAAUAAGGUGAUGCAACACGACGAUCCUGAAGAGGGCAUUGAGGAGGACUAUCGCUGCUACAACAACAAAAUAUUCCAGUGGCAGUUACGGAGGAUGCUGGCCCGAUCGCACAUUGAGUGCUAUAACAAGAAGCCUGCGCCGGUUAGCAAUGACGCUGCUAAAGAUGAGCUUAUCGAACUCGUGUAUCGGUUGAAGGGGAAGGAGCGAGCCAAGGCCGCAGUGGAGAGUGAAGCUCCCCGUGAUGGAGAUGGAAGUGUUGUUGUUGCUGAAUCUAAGACGACUUUAGCUGAUAGUGCAUCGUAG